UCGCCGAGCGCCCGUGUGUGGAUACGUGCCGAUCCCCACUGGGGAUUUAUUCCGCAGUAAACCCACAGUGUGUUGCUCAUAAUGGGAAAAUCGGCUCCGGAAAAGUGUCGGACGGCCUGGUUAGCGAGCCCGUAGCUGGGCGAUCGAGUGGACCACCGUUACGAAACGCAGGACGAGGUAUCGGUGCCGAAGGACGGCGAUCGGGUCGCGCACACCAGAGAAGGAGACACAUAAGGGGCCAAAGCGAGGAGCGGCGCAGCCUUGUACAUUUAUUUUAUAACCUACGGCGGCAGGAUGACGCGCAAACUGAGCAAGUUCCUCAUCCUGUUCGAGAACACGAACCUCCUGUACUUCCCUGGCCACUUUUUGUCCGGCCGCGUACUUAUCGAACUCGACGACGAGGCCCUCGUGUCCGGCCUCCACUUCCACGUGAUAGGCGAGGGAGUUGUGCGGGUGCGGAGCCAGAGGGCCGAGCGGGUCUACGACAAAGAGAACUACAUCGACUUUCGGAUGCGGUUGCUCGGCGAGCCUGGUGACGGACCGUCGCUGCUGUCGCCGGGCAUCCACAGUUUCCCCUUCAAGCUUGGACUACCUCUGGGCCUACCCUCGACCUUCCUCGGGAAACACGGCUGGGUGCAGUACUACUGCAAGGCCGCGCUCAGGGAGCCCGGUGGCCUCGUGCACAAGAACCAGCAGGUCUUCAUAGUCAUGAAUCCCAUAGAUCUGAACCUCGAGCCACCGAUUUUAGCGCAACCAGCCAGACUGGAGGUCGAGCAGCACGUGGGUGUGUCGUGCGUCUCGGGGGGCCCAGUCUUCUGCCGAGUGAGCCUGGACAGGGGCGGCUACGUGCCCGGCGAGAGCAUCGGGAUAUCGGCGACCGUGAGCAACCGCAGCAAGGUGACCAUGAAGUCGACCAAGGCCUCGCUCACCGAGACCAUCCAGUACCUGUGCCGCGGCAAGGUCCUGGCCAGCGAGACGCGCGAGCUGGCCAGCGUCUCCAGGGGCAAAAUCCGACCCGGCGAGGGCGAGGAGUGGCUCAACGAGCAGCUCUACGUGCCCCCCCUCCCCCCGACCAAUCUGAGGGGCUGCCACCUCAUCAAUGUCCUCUAUCACGUAUACUUCGUGAUAACGCCCAAGAGCCUGGACAAGGAGAUCAAGCUCCAGAUCCCCAUAGUCCUGGCGACGUAUCCCCUGAGACAGGAAGGCGCCCCCGUUGGAACGGCUCCUUCGAAGCGCGGCGCCCAUUACCCUUCGACUUUGCCGAUUUUCCGACCCUGGCUCGAGGACAAGACUUUCGACGUCGAGGAUUAGGAUGCCGCCAACUCUGGGGUCCAUAUAGUCGCCGAAAGUGUUUUUUUUUUUUUUUUUAUAGUGACGACGAGGUAUACAUCAUUGAACUGAUUUGCCGGUGCGUCUCGUGAAAAGAGGCACGGGCGUGUGUAAAAUAAUUACUACGUGGCUCUUGUUGCAAUAUUACAGUCCGAAAUAUAUGGUGAAAUUGGUGUUAGGAACGUUAUUUUUGCUGUGUAAAUGUCGCGUCGAUUAAAUGGGCAUAAUUAUGUAGCCCUUCCAAACCGUGGCUUUGCACCGUGUUGUGCUUCAUAGCGGUGUCGUCGCAUGCUGACCGAAUUCUUGUCACAAAACUACAUCAAUUCGAAGCAAGUCACUAAAAGCGUGUGUUGUACUUGGUGCAGUUUGAAUAUUUAACGAGUAUGACAGUUUGCUAACAUCGUUUGACUAAAACUAGUUGUAGUAAGUUCAGCUGAAAUCUCGAUAUACUGUUAACGUAUUACAUGUGUAUAUAUAUAUAUACGUACAUUAAAAUUACAGUUAUGGAGUGAAAAAAUUUUGUUGAGCGAGAAUUUUGUACGUUCAACGAUUAAUCUUUGUUGCGAAAUUGUGUACAUACAUGAUACAAUAAGUCGUUUCAAAGGACGACAAUGCCAUACAGAAAGUAACAGCUUUUUAAUAAAAGUAUGUAGAACUAAGUAUAAAAUUAAUACAAGUUUUGACAUGUAGUUGAUAAGAUAUACCACACGAAGACAAUUAAUUAUUUUAUUGUGAUAAUAAAGCUCGUAUGUA